AUGCAUCCGCUCAAAGCGGUUCUUGUCUUCGCGACAAUAUCAGUCUCGGCCCGACCCAAUACCAAAUGCCCCCAAUCGACUCUGUCUCCCGUAUCGUUGGUUGAUAUCGUCCCUGAGGUCCCAGACUUCGAAAACCUCGCUUUGCGCCACAAUGGCGAUAUUCUUGUCACAUCCGUGGCGAGCCCAAAGCUACAUCUCAUCUCGUCGGAUCACAAAUAUGCCCCCGUCGUCGUCGCCGAGGUUCCUCACUACAGCGGAUUACUUGGCAUCGUCGAGAUGCAAAAGGACCUCUUCUACGUCGUUGCUUCUAACCUGAGCGAUGCCGCAUCCUCCAAUGCCAUCUGGCAGGUUGACCUACGCAAGUUCGUCCUAUCGACAAAUGGCUCUAUUGUCCAACCGGCCCGCACGACAAUCAUCGCCGAAUUGCCACUGGCGAGACAGGCCAACGGCCUCAGUCGCAUCACGUCUCACGACGACUCUCACUUUCUCUUCUCCGAUUCCAUGGAUGGAACCGUUUCGAGAUUCAGUAUCCACACUGGCAAAUCUCAAAUUGUCAUCGAUAAUCCCAUUAUGAAACCAACUACUUCAGGCAUCGGUGUUGGUGUUAAUGGAGUCCAUACUUUUGGUGAAUAUCUCUACUUUAGCAGUUUCGAUCAGGGCGUCUUCGCCAGGGUUCCCAUAUCCCCUACAGGCUCAGCUACCGGACGUGUGGAAAUUCUCGCCCGGAACAUCACCGCGGGGGAUGACUUUGCCUUGUCGCCUUCUGGCGCAUAUGCCUAUCUUGCCACAAAUGGUCCCGAGGAGGUCCUUGAGAUUGAUAUCCAUAGAAAAACGAAGCGCGUAAUGGCCUCUUCUCCCUUCUUAGGUGGCGGAUCCGCUGUUGCCUACGAUUCAAGAAACACAUCAGCAUCUCGCUUGUUUGUAACUGGCGGCUUAGCCGCGGGAAACUCUUCUCUAGGCCAGGUGGUCGUUAUUGAUAUCGCUGCAUAA